ACAUAUUAUUUUGAUACCCACGUGCGCGCUCGGACGCCAAAAUCAAGAUGAACAAUUUCCAGCCACUUAAUAUACGAAGAUUUCAACAGAAGGCGCAGGUUGUCACACCGGACACAACCUACUGGAACCGAUUAGACAAACCGGAGCUGCUUAAGGAGCACACGACCAUCGACUACAUUGACUUCAGUCCGAGUGAGCCGGAUAACUUUGUGCUGACAUGUUCGGUGCGUGUGCAGAUCUACCAUCUGGUGACAAAGCUGGUCGUUAAGAACCUAUCCAAGUUCCAAAAGACCGCAUAUGGAGCAACGUUCCGGCAGGACGGCCGCCUCUUGGCUGCCGGCGACGAGGAGGGUCACGUGAAGCUAUUCGACACGAGCAGCCGGAAUAUACUGCGUCUAUUCAAGGGGCACACGGCGCCUGUGCAUCGUACAUUCUUCACGGCGGACAAAUUGCAGCUGGCCAGCUUUGCGGAUGACAAAUCGGUGCGACUGUGGGACGUGGGCAAUGAGAAGCUGGUGCGGACAUAUGAAGAUGCCCACAGCGAUUAUAUACGUGCGGGUGCUACGCAUCCGCAGGCCGGGCACAUGUUCAUCUCCGGCGGCUACGAUGGCAAAGUCAAUCUGUACGACACACGGGCACAAGAGUCAAUAACCCAGACCCUGGAUCACGGCAGUCCCGUCGAGUCCAUGCUGUUCCUGCCCAACGGCUCCAUAUUCAUAACUGCCGGCGGCACACAGGUGCGCGUCUGGGACUUGAUAAGUGGAUGCCGCCUGCUGACGACGAUGUCGCAGCAUCACAAGACCGUCACAUGUCUGCGCCUGGGCUCCGACGGCCGGCGUCUAUUAUCUGGCGGCCUGGAUCGUCAUGUGAAGAUCUAUGAUGUGGGCACGUAUAAAACGGUGCACACCUUAACCUAUCCCAAUCCGAUUGUUAGCUUGGGCGUCGCUGCGAAGGAUCAGGCUGUCGUUGCCGGUAUGGUUGAUGGCCUGGUGUCCAUCAAGCGCAUGAUUGUCGACAGCAAACCGAGUCACCUCAAACAGAUCAAAGCCAGCCAUCGACAGAAGCAACGCAAUCGAAUGGCGCGUCCCAACACAACGGCAACCGUGGAUCAUAGUGUCUCGGGUCGACGGCGAACGCCCCAGUUGGCGGUCUUCGAGCAGCAUCUGCGUAAAUACAACUACAAAAAGGCGCUGGACAGUGUCCUCGUGACGAAGAACACCGAAGAUCAUCCCGAGAAAAUAGUAGCCGUAAUCACCGAGCUACUGCAUCGCAGCGCUCUGCGGGCGGCAUUAACGAAUCGAAAUGAGGAAACACUAAUCCAAUUCAUUGACUUCCUGUGCGCGCACAUUGGCGAGGUGCGGUUCAUGCGACCGCUUCUCAAUGCCGCCAGCACCGUGAUGGAUGUGUUCGAGAACAAUGUGAUUGCGUACAGCAAAGAAAUGCACGCGGCUCUCAAGCGACUGAGACGGACAAUGCAGGCCGAGAUUAGGCUAACAAUGGAGCUGGCGCACCUGAAGGGCGCACUGGAGAUGAUUAUCGAGGGGGCGCUCGACAACAAUGAAGACGACGCCACCAAAGUUCGCUUCAUACAACCCAAGGCGCCCAAAAUGCACCCAUCCCAGGCGGCCUCCAAUUACGUAGUCAUUGUCGAUUAGAGAUUAGACCAUUAGAUAGUUCAUAAUUGCUCCUAAACCUAGAAUUCUAUUCUAUAUAUUUCUUUUGUGGCUUUCAUUGAUGCUUUUGCAGUUACCGCAAAUGUUGUUAACUUUUUUU